AUGUUUUUGAAGUUUCUUCAUACGUGUCUAUCUACCAGUUUGUUCAUUAUCUAUCUCAGUCUGUCUAUAUUUUUUAUCUAUCUAUCUCAGUUUUCAUAUCUAUCUAUUUAUAUCAGUCUUUUCAUAUCUAUCUCUGUUCAUAUCUAUCUAUCCCAGUCUGUUCAUAUCUAUCAUUCUCUUUAUAUGUAUUUGUUUGUCUAUCAGUCUGUUCAUAUCUAUCUUUCUAUCUCAGUCUGUUCAUAUCUAUUAACCUAUCUCAGUCUCUUAAGAUAUAUCUAUAUAUCUCAGUCUGUUCAUAUCUAUCUGUUUGUUAAUAUAUGUCUGUCUAUCUCAGUCUGUUCAUAUCUAUCUAUCUAUCUAUCUCAGUUUGUUAAUCUAUGUCUAUCUAUCUCAAUCUGUUCAUAUCUAUCGAUCUCUGUUCAUAUUUAUCUAUCAGUCUGUUAUAUUUAUCUAUCUAUCUGUUCAUAUCUAUCUAUGUAUCUCAGUCUGUUCAUAUUUGUCUAUCUGUUAUAUUUAUCUAUCUAUCUGUCUAUCUAUCUCAGUUUGUUAAUGUAUGUCUAUCUAUCUCAGUUUGUUAAUCUAUGUCUAUCUAUCUCAAUCUGUUCAUAUCUAUCUAUCUAUCUAUCUCUGUUCAUAUUUAUCUAUCAGUCUGUUAUAUUUAUCUAUCUAUCUGUUCAUAUCUAUCUAUCUAUGUAUCUCAGUCUGUUCAUAUUUGUCUAUCUAUCUAUCUAUCUAUCUAUCUAUCACUCUUUUUGUGCGUACAUGCGUACGUUUGUGUGUCACGAAUGCAGCUAUAGCAACGAAACCAAUCAAUAUAAUAUAAUCCACUUUUUCUCUUUUAAUUAG